GCCGGGCACACAAUCUCUCUGACUCCCACCAAGAGCUUCUGUGGCCGCUGCCUCUUUCUCCAGGACCACUGCCUCACAAAGCCAACACGAUGUGUAACCGAUUUGUGGGAACCUGGAAACUCGUCUCCAGUGAAAAUUUUGAUGACUACAUGAAAGAACUAGGAGUGGGCUUAGCUACCCGGAAACUAGGUGGCUUGGCAAAGCCUGAUGUGAUCAUCAGUAUGAAAGGGGACAUAGUAAACAUCAGAACUGAAAGCACCUUCAAAAAUACAGAGAUCUCCUUCAAACUGGGCCAGCAAUUUGAUGAAACGACAGCAGAUGACCGGAAAGUCAAGAGUGUCGUAACCUUGGAGAAAGGGUCAUUGGUGCAAGUGCAGAAGUGGAAUGGCAAAGAAACCACAAUAAAGAGAAGACUGGUUGAUGGGAAAAUGGUGGUGGAGUGUGCCAUGAAAGGAGUUGUCUGCACUAGAGUCUACCAAAGAGUGUGAAGAAACUUCCUCCUUGCACCGGACUGGGACUGGCUCUUAAAACUCACCUUAGUUCAGUGACCAAAGCCUCAUGCACUGUGCUUCUUUAUUUUCUUAUUUACUUUUACCGGGAAAAUGACUGCAUUAUAAUUUGAUAUUCCAGAGCCAUAGUGUGACUAAUCCAAAGUAUUGUGGUGACUCAAUAAAAGCUUUUCAACACAAGAAA